GCAGGUUGUCUUGCAGUCAGUCUGCAGACACUGAAGCUGACACACAGACACACAAACACACACCAUGAGGCUGCUGCCAGCUGCUGUCUCUCUGUCCCUGACGGUGGCCCUCGCUUACUAUGUGUACAUCCCGCUGCCUGAAACCAUCCAGGAGCCCUGGAGGCUGAUGAUACUGGAUUUUGGUUUCCGAACAACGAUGCACCUGGCGUCAUUGAAAGCUUGGCUAGGCUUUGAUCAUUACAUCCAGUCCCUCAGGCAGUCGACAGAAGGUUUUGAGGACAUUAUGCAGGGGAUGUGCAGCUCUCAGUCCGAAGGAGGGGUCAUGCCGGGAGUUAAAGUCUGCGACAUCACUUUCGCCGGCGUCCCUGUCCGUGUGUACGAGCCCCCGGCUGGAGGGGAGGGUCAUCUGAGGAGAGGGCUGAUGUUUAUCCACGGAGGAGGCUGGGCCCUCGGCACUACCAAGAAGGGGUCGUAUGAUGUGAUCAACCGGAUGUUGUCGGACGAGCUGAACACCGUUGUGGUCUCUGUUGAGUAUCGUAUGUAUCCAGAGGUGAACUUCCCGGUGCCGUAUCUAGACUGCCUCGCUGCUGCCAAACACUUCCUGUCUGCAGAGGUUCGGGCCAGGUAUGCCAUCGACCCGGAGCGUAUCGCUUUGUCCGGGGACAGUGCCGGAGGAAACCUGGCUGCUGCGGUCACUCAGGAGAUUUCCACAGAUGACACUAUGAGUGUGAAAUUCAGCGUCCAGGUGUUGAUCUACCCCGUGCUCCAGGCUCUGGACUUCAACACGCCCUCCUACCUGCAGAACCAACACAUUCCCAUCCUCUACCGGCCCAUCAUGGUCCGCUUCUGGCUGCAGUACUUCGGUGCCGACCCCUCCCUGCUGCCCCAGCUGCUGGUGAACAACCACAGCUCCUUACAGCACUCAAACAUCACCCCAGAGCUGCGGGCGCGCGUAGACUGGACCGUCCUUCUGUCCCCGAAAUACAAGAAGAACUACAAGCCUCUGAUUGUGGAGAAAGGUUCCCAGGGGGGGGUGAGGGAGGUGCCGGGGCUCCUAGAUGUGAGGGCCUCUCCUCUGUUAGCAGGACCCGAGGUUCUGGCUAAAAGCCCCCGAGCGUACAUCCUGACAUGCGAGCAUGACGUGUUGAGGGAUGACGGUUUGAUGUACGCACGGCGCUUACAGGACUCGGGUGUCACGGUAACCGCCGACCACUACUUGGACGGCUUCCACGGGUGUUUCAGCUUUGUUACCUGGCCGAUGGAUUUUGAAGUAGGGAAGAGAGCAGUCAGAGGUUACCUCGACUGGCUGCAGAACAACUUGUAAGAGUGAGUGUGUGUGUGUGUGUGUGUGUGUGUGUGUGUGUGUG